UGCUUCCGGUCUCAGAAAUCUGCUUCCGCUACGUGGAGAUCUACUUCCGGGUCUUACGUGGCGGUUGAAAGAGUGGCGGGAGAGGUUGCUUGGGAAUUAAUAUGCUGGCAUAUACUGAUGGCUCUGAAGGCAUCACUCUCACUGGAUUCCAGUGACAGUGACUCUGAGGAGUUGCCAACAUUUGCCUUUCUGAAGAAGGAGCUGUUUUCAACAAAGAGGAGGCAGCCUCAGAAGGAGGAGAAGGUGGUCGUGGUUGACAUCUCAGAUUCUGAGGCCUCCUGUCCCCCAUCACCAAAACGGAAAGACCCAUCACCUGUUCCAGAGACAGCUGAAACUCUCACACAAACAGAGCCAGUCAGGGUGCUAAGCAGUGAAAGUGAGGAGGAGGAGGAGGAAUUUAUUCCCCUGGCUGAGAGACUGACUUGUAAGUUUUUGACCCACAAGCAUCUGAGUCCUGAGGACUCCAGCUCCCCAGUUAAAAAUGUUUUGGAUCAUCAGAAUAAUGGAGCAUCACGUGACUGGCAGAAACAGUCCUUUCCAAAGAUCCAAGGUAUUCCCCUCCAUGACACCGCAGGGAGGUGUGCAUCAAAUAACAAGGACCCUGUGAUAGACAGUCCAUGCCAUCAGCUUCCAGCCUCCCACGCUCCUUGCUCUGCCCAGAGCUACAGCUUGACAGGCACCAAAACAAGUGCUGAGGUACCCCCGCCUCAGAAGAGAACCAAGCACAAGCAGAAGGACGGGAAGAGAGGCUCACAGGGAUGCCAGCAGCGUGGACAAACAAGCCAGAAGGAAAGCACGCAGAGGCAACAGGAAAGGAAGAAGAAGGCAGCCCUGGUUAACAGGCUGAGAGCUCAGAGGCCAGAGGAAUGCUUAAAGCACAUUGUGGUGCAGCUGGAUCCAGUGCUUUUACAGAUGGAAGGUGGGGGCCAGCUGCUUAGCGCCCUGCAGUCCAUGGAGUGCUGCUGUGUGAUUGAGGUGCAGGCUGUGCCCCGCAGCAUCACGUGGAGGAGAAAGGCUGGCCCCACUGAGGAUGGAGAGGAGAGCUGGGUGGAGGAGCCAGUGGUCCUGGCGCUGCUCCUGGCAGAGGCGUUCGUGUCCAUGAUCUCCAACUUCAAGCAGGGAAGUCUGGACAGCACCGAGGAAGGGAAGGAAACACUUCGGAGCUUUGUAACUGACAUCACAGCAAGGACAGCUGGGAAAGCUCUGACACUGGUGAUUGUGGAUCAGGAGAAAUGCUUCAGUGCUCCGAAUCCUCCCAGGAGAAGAAAACAGGGAGUGGCAAAUAGAGAACAGGCCAAGGAGAAGAAACAGAGGCAACCAGAGACCAACCCAGGGACCACAGUGACCAGGGUGGACGUGGAAGAGGCAUUGGUGGAUCUGCAGCUACACACGGAAGCCCAGGCUCGGAUCGUGUGGAGCUGGAAAGAGCUGGCUGACCUCGCGUGCACAUUCACAAAGGCUGUGGCUGAGGCACCGUUCAAGAAACUACGGGGUCAAACUAGCUUCUCCUUCUGCCUGGAGAGUGAUUGGGCUGGAGGGGCCAAGGUGGACCGCUCUGGCAGAGGGCUAGCACUGGUCUGGAGGAGACAGAUUCAGCAGCUGAACCGAGUCAGCCUGGAAAUGGCCAGUGCCGUUGUGGAUGCCUAUCCCUCCCCGCAGCUCCUGAUCCAGGCUUAUAAGCGGUGCUUUUCCGAGCAAGAACGCCAGAAUUUGCUCGCAGACAUCCAAGUGCGCCGUGGGGAAGGCGUGACAGCCACCUCCCGCCGUGUUGGGCCAGAGCUGUCUAGGCGGAUCUACCUUCAGAUGACAGCUUUGCAGCCAGAUCUCUCUUUAGACGGUACAGACUGAUGCCAGCCCCCAGGGACAAGGAUGAAAAGCUGGACUUCCACCGCCCCCACCUGGGAGCAUGACUACAGUGCAGGGAUUAGAAGCACCCCCGGCAGCACAAGGCCAGCUCCUGCCCACAACAGGCUCUCUGAGCGUCACUAUUUGUGAUAGUUUCCCUGUCAGUGUGGGAUGGAGGCUGAGAUGCUCGCAUCUGCCUUCCUCCCUUAGCACGUCGACUGCCACGUACAAACCGCCUCUACCCUGCCCCUACCAGCUCUCAAAACACGAAGGAACAAAGGCAAACCACUCAGACACGUAUUUAAUAAUUGCAGAAAUCCAAAAGAACCUCAACAUCAAAUCUCGAGGUCACGAGCGAACUGCCCUGGGCAGGUUGCUAGACGAGGCUGGGUGUGCGCUGGCCUGCCUCGCACCCGCCGAAGCUGCCUCCGCCAGCCAAGGAACGGGGGCCCGAUCGCUAUGCUGACUUCUGUCUUAAUCCCCAUGAUGUGUACUAUGCGUUUAGUUUCAAUAAAGCAUUUGUAUCGAUGGCUCUGGAGCUUGGAGGAAGACUAAGGAAUGUGUAGUGAUUCUGAGUAAGGUGUGGGUCUACACAGCAGAGCUACCCUUGAGGGAGAAAACAAGUCCAUCCUUCCAUCAUUAGGACAGUCCGUCCUCUCCGUGGGCCACUAGUGCUGAAAAGCUGGAGCCCACUCUGUCCCUGAACACGACAGGGUCUUGCUCUCCCUGGGCGGAGGCAAGGAGCUUGCAAUUGGGAGUUUUCCGUGAAUGAGCACCAUGACAGCCACUGCUGAUCCCUUCGUCCAGCUGUUGUGAAAAGAGGCAAGGAGGCCAGAGAGCAAGAAAAACGCUGGAUCUGGCAGACACGAGAAUGGACAGUUCUGCCCCUAUUGGUGCCACAGCAGCCAUUAAUGCACCACCUCUCAACUCCAUGAUGCUCCUUGUUUGCCUUCAUUGUACAGGCGUAGGUACGACUAGAAUCAAACAAUUCUAAACCUCGGUCUCUAUGAAGCUUGAGUUUUCAGUUUGCCUCUGAGGUAUGUGGUCACACCAAUUAGGUAACAGAGCUGUCAUGGAAAAUGGGGCUUUGCAAGGGUCCGUCGUCUUGUUUACUGACAAUCAGGGAGUUAAUGCUCUUGAAUUGAGGCAAAGGGCCUGGAGCAUCCCCACUUGAUAGAAGCCACAUAAAUUGUGGCAGGACUUUGCAGGAGCUGCCCCAGACCCUCAUGGCUGCGAGAUUCCUAUUUGUGGGUCGUGAAUCUGGCGUCCAUGAAACUAUCUGUAUUUCAGCCAAGAGACACUCAAUUCUGCUGUUAAGCUGUGUGGUCUCGGGACAUUAUAAAGGAGGCGAAAUGAUGGAAAGAAAGAUACCAGGGUGGGAAUCCAGGUCUGCCUCAAACUAGCUGGGAGAUGGUAGGCAAGUCAUGGAAGGUGCAGGUUCCCCACCGACAAGGGUUCUAUUGGAAUGGAUGGUCUUCGAGUUCCUUUCACAGCCUGAGAUUUUGUAUGAUCAUUAAAAUAUCUGAAUGUCUGAGGUCCUUUAAAAAAUAGGUUUGUCCCUCCCCCCCAAUUUAGGUUAGAUUUGCUGAGUAUGGUGCUCCCCUCGUCCCCAGUAACACACUGCCUCCUGAUCGGCCCUGGCUCCCCAGGGAGGAAUGAAAGAAAGGGUUGGUGACAUACAAAAGUAUAAAUGUAGUGACAGCUGACCUUUAGUAGAAAUGAGUCUUGCCCUUACGCAGCUUUGUGUAACAACUAGAAAAGGCUAUGGUUUUUCCUCUCCCAACCCAAGCCUAUUCUUGUAAGCAUGCAGGUAACUGUCCCCACCUCCUGCCUCUCCUUAUUCCGCCAGGGAACCCUGACUAAGGAACAAAGAAGUCUUACAAAGAGGAGGUCUCAAGUACCAAACGGCAGCCAUUUGACGAUGGCAGGUAGGUCUGACACUAAAAAGAGGUUGUGUCCAGCAGAACCCAAUUCCAUAGGAAUCCAAGCUCCAAGGCUGGGAGGCAGCAGUUGUUGAGGACAAGCUCACUGCUGAGAAUCGGUCUGCAGGACCCACUGGACGAUGUCGUGGCUGCGCAGGCCCCGGACUGCGUUGUCGUAGAUGGUGUUCACGCUGGUGCACAGGGGCUGCUGCUGCAGCUCUGUCACCCGACAAGCAACCAGCCCGCCAGCCA